AAUGAUUAUGACGACAACAGAACAACAACAAAAUGCUGUUGGGGCAUUGCUUGUUGACAGUGCCACACCUUCUGUCUCAAAAUCCAAAGAAACCAGCCCUGCCGCCCCUUCAAUAAAAUCUGGUGAAUCAACAACAUUAGAGGCAACAACAGCCAAUCAUUCCCCUAUGCUUGCAGAAGAAGCAAAUUCAACAACAUCAGUUUUACCUCUAGUAGCCAUAAAUAACAAGAAAAAUAGCCUGGAAAAAAUCCCCCUAUCCUCCCCUACAUCAAUGACAACAACACGUACAGCAGUUGAACCACCCAAAAAGAGCAGAAGAAGAAAUUAUAAACGUUUAUUGUUGGGAAUCUCUUUUUUAAUUAUUUUAUUUUUUCUUAUUGCCCUAAUUGUUGCUUUGAUUGUUUUGUUGUAUAAGGAGAAGAGUGCUGUUUGUUUAACACCUAUUUGUGUUCAUACAGCCGCAAUAAUUUUAAAUUCCAUGAAUGCAACUGUUGAUCCCUGUGAUGAUUUUUUUGAAUAUGCUUGUGGUAAUUGGAUUAAACAACAUCCAAUUCCAGAUGACGCUCCUUCUGUUUCAAAUUUUGAAAAUCUUGGACAAGACUUGGAAUUAGCAUUAAAAGAUUUAUUGGAAGAUGGACCUGACACACUUAUCAAUAUGGAAGAAACAAAUGAAGAAGCAGUCAAAAAAGCCAAAUAUUUUUACCAAAUGUGCCUGAAUGAAAGUGAAAUAAUGACCUCUUGGAGAAACGUGUUCGAUCAAGUUUUGCAUACUUUUGGUGGCUGGCCUUCUUUAGAAUCUUCAUCUCAACCUAAUAUUAGAAUAAGAAUUGAGCGACUUUAUGGAAUUAUGGUUUCAAAGUUUCGCGCAGAUUCACUUUUUAAAGCAACAGUUCAACCAGACGACAAAAAUUCUGACAAACAUAUUUUGCUGAUAGACCAACCAGCACUUAAUCUGUUUGCUCGUGACUUUUAUAUGCUUACUGAGACGGAAGUUGAACGGCUAGCUUACCGAACUCUUAUUCGUGAUGUAUUAGUGCUACUUGGAGCAGAUCAUCGGAUAGCAGAAAGGGAUUCUCUCGAAGUUCUUCAAUUUGAAACCGAACUCGCAAAUAUAACAGUGUCUGAGGAUCAAAGACAUGAUGUUUCUGAACUUUAUACAAAAUAUACAAUUGGAGAGAUUAAAGAAAGAUACCCAAAUUUUGAUUGGCUCUUAUUUUUCAAUACAAUAUUUGAGAAUAUUAACGAACAAAAGGGAAAAAAUCCUAUACAAUUUGAACAUGAUGAACCGAUAGUUAUAUAUGGAGCUGAGUUUGUUGCGAGAUUAGAUAAAUUAUUACCAACAUUCGAACCUAGAGUUGUUCAAAAUUACUUAACUUGGUGUUGGUUCUUUAAAGCAAUGCUAAGAGAUUUGCCUGAUCCUUUUGCUUUAACUAUGUUUAAAUUCUACAGAACACUUAAUUUAAUGAUGGUACAAAAACUAAGAUGGCAUGGAUGUGUUACUCGAGUUAAUAGUCUAAUGCCUAUGGCAACAUCAAGUAUUUAUGUAAAACAUCAUUUUGAUAAUGAAGCAAAAGCACAAGUUGAAGAAAUGAUUGCUUUGAUAAUGGAAGCAUUUGUUGAGUUAUUGGACGAGGAAGAAUGGCUAACUGGAGAAACUAAAGCCUAUGCAAAACAAAAGAUAAAAACAAUGCAUCAAAAAAUAGGCUACCCUGACUAUUUGGAGAACAACACGGCGGUUAAUAAGGAAUAUGAACGUUAUAUCGUAUAUGAAUCAGAUUAUUACAAAACAAAAUUCCAAUUUUACGAAAUGUAUCAAAAAGAUAUUUUGGAAAAAAUUAGAAUGCCUGUUGACAGAAAUAGAUGGGUAGCCGGUGCAGCUUUAGUUAAUGCUUUCUAUUCACCAAAUACAAACGAAAUCAUCUUCCCAGCGGGCAUUUUACAGCCAGUCUUUUACAGUAAACAUUUCCCCCGUUCAAUGAAUUUUGGGGGAAUUGGUGUAGUUAUUGGGCAUGAAAUAACACACGGAUUUGAUGAUAGAGGAAGGCUUUAUGACCAAUUUGGUAAUAUAAGGCAGUGGUGGGAUAAUGCUACAAUUGUUAAAUUUGAAGAAAAGGCAAAAUGUAUUGAAGAUCAGGCAUAACCAAAUUAAAAAAUAAUUAAAUUUCCC